CGUCAUUCAGGCCGAGCUAUACGCAUGCGCGCUGUGCGGGACUCCUAGUAGCGGAGACCGGGACCUGCUGGAGAAUCAUUGCCUUGCUAUCAUCACCCGCUUGAUACUGGGCCUUCAUCUCCGCCGCAGCCAUGAGCUUCUUCGGCUUCGGGCCGGCCGCGGAGCUGGACAUCACGCUGACGGACGCGGAGAGCCGCAGGCGGGUGGAGCACAAGACCGAGGAUGGCAAGAAGGAGAAAUAUUUUCUUUUCUACGAUGGGGAGACCGUGUCCGGCAGGGUUACUGUCAACCUGCGGAACCCGGGCAAGAGGCUGGAGCACCAGGGGCUGAAGAUCGAGUUCAUCGGGCAGAUCGAGUUGUACUAUGACCGGGGAAACCAUCAUGAGUUUGUCUCGUUGGUGAAGGAUUUGGCGCGUCCUGGAGAGAUCUCACAGUCCCAGAGUUUUGACUUUGAAUUUACUCACGUGGAGAAGCCAUACGAGUCCUACACGGGGCAGAAUGUGAAGUUACGGUACUUUCUGCGUGCCACCCUCAGCCGCCGACUUAACGACGUCGGAAAAGAGAUGGACAUCGUGGUUCAUACGCUCAGCACUUACCCUGAACUGAAUUCUUCCAUUAAGAUGGAAGUGGGCAUCGAAGAUUGUCUGCACAUCGAGUUUGAGUACAACAAGUCCAAAUACCACCUUAAAGAUGUAAUUGUAGGGAAAAUCUACUUCCUCCUCGUGCGGAUCAAGAUCAAACACAUGGAGAUCGAUAUCAUCAAGAGGGAAACCACAGGCACUGGACCAAAUGUUUACCAUGAAAAUGACACUAUCGCCAAGUACGAAAUCAUGGACGGAGCCCCAGUACGAGGUGAAUCCAUACCCAUACGGCUGUUUCUAGCUGGCUACGAGCUGACGCCAACAAUGAGGGACAUCAACAAGAAAUUCAGCGUGCGCUAUUACCUCAAUUUAGUGCUGAUCGACGAGGAAGAGAGACGCUACUUCAAGCAACAGGAGGUGGUCUUAUGGCGUAAAGGCGACAUCGUGAGGAAGAGCAUGUCUCACCAGGCGGCCAUCGCCUCUCAGAGAUUCGAGGGAACUCACCCUGACAACCGGCCUCAACACAGCGGGGCAGCUACAGGAGGCCAGGAGAAUGAGUGACUGCUUGUUCAGUAGGAGAACGGUGACUAAACAGAGACUGGACCUCUCCAAGCCCGCCCGCGAUAACGUGGACACUCGGUGGGUCAAGCUUGCAGAGGGAUGAGACCAGCUUCACUUACCAGGCCGGCUGUCCGUUCCUCUUGCUUCUACUUGACGUUCAGUAACAUAGGGGUGGGGGGGAGGGGAAGGAGCAGUGCCUGGCCCCUUUAACCCUUUGUGUUUAUAUUUUUUAUGAUCGUAUUGGCUUGUCAUUCUCACAGGCAAUCCCACUAUUGAAGCCCAAUAUAUCUGGUUGGAAAAGCAUAGGCUCGUCCUUUUACACAGGGAGGGUUCUUAUACCUGACAAGUGCCCUCUUCUCCUCCUGGUUGUAGACUUAGUGCUGACCUCCGUUUAUUGGUGUCUUGGUGCCAGUAAAGGACCUGUCUGUCCAUUCCAAGCGCCUCUCACGUGAGAAGCUCUGACCACUAGAGGCAGCAUUGCCCUGCAUGACACAAGUCAUAGGUCCUGUAUAUUACAUAGACAGUAUAUAUACGUAUAAAGGGAGAUCUUCAAGCUAACCCUCAUACAAGAGACUGUAAUUGGGUCCAUAGAUCGGCGUGUAUUAAAGGGAAUUUAUUUGCUGGCGUAAGACAUGAGGGAAUCUGUGAGAAUUGCUAUUCUGAAGCUGUGUUUCCCAUGUAGGAUGCUGAAAUACUUCUAUUUUGGGCUCCAUUGUCUCAUAUCGUUCUGUAAGACCUCAUUCAGAUGUCACAUUUUAGCAUUGAUAUUACAGCUGCGGAUCCUGGCCCAAUCGCGGGUGUAACAACCCAAAUUAUUAGCACCAAAGAGAUCUUUAGACCCUUGGUCGGUCCAGGAUUGCAGCUGUAAUCUAGUCACCAAACUGGCCAGCGAUUGUGCUGUGGGUUUCACCCCAGCUACAUUUAAAGGGUGUUUUCCAGGAGUUUAAUAUUAAUGGCCUCUAGGAUAUCUGAUCGGUGGAGGUCCGUCUCCAAGAACCAUCUCCGAUCAGCUGUUUGAAGAGGCCGAUGUAGUCAUGUUCAUCAGUGACAUGGACUAGAUGCAACACAGCCCCAUUCAUUUGAAUGAGUCUGGGUUUCGAAUACCAAGCACAGCUGAUAUCCAAUGGAUGGAUUUGUGCCUGGUAAGCUGUGAAGAGGCCGCAGUGGUCACUGGAGCGAUGGUGGUGUUGGGUGUCAGAGCCCUGCCAAUCGGGUGCUGGUGACCUGCCCCGAGGAUAGGAUAGUCUACUCCCAGCAAACCGAAAACCCCUUUACAAUUAUGAAAUAAGCUGCAGAUUUUGAAGUCUGUAUGGAAAUUUUAUGUUGCACAUGGAUGAGAUUUAGGAAAAGCUCAUCUACUUGCUAUGUACUGUAUUCUGCCAUGGGGUGUACCUGCAGCAAUAUCCACAUCACAUAUCCCAGUCCUAGAUUCACCCCAUGUCUUUUCCUCCACAACAACCCCUUUCACUUUAUUACAACUGGAUUUUAUUUGCAGAAAUUUCUGAGCCAAACUUAUGGUGUGGAAAUGUCCCCCUAACAGAAUGUGAUUCCUCAGUUAAAUAGGUUUUCGCAGAUUUGCUCAUCUCUUCCAGCAGUAAACGGGCUCUUGUAUAGUCAUCAGGCGGCGUGCCUCUUUGGAUGAAAUCACACCAGGAGUGAGCGCACGUAAUACAAUGUGGUCCAAUUCUUAAAUGGCCAGUAACCCUUUAUAAUGGGCUGUCCGUCAUACAAACAGGUGUAAAUGUCUCGGCCCUGACGGUACGAGACAUAAAGUAGUGAUCAUGGAGAUUUCUGGACUUCCUGCUGGUCAUCACAUUGAAGAGCAUGGUCUGAAAUGGCUGAGAACAGAAGCCAACAAAGAGUAUUCGCCUGUCCGAGUACUGGACCUUUACGUGCACCGUAAGCCAAUGACUGCAAUCUUAACAAAGGCUUGCAUGGUGUCGGUCAUUUUUAUACCACUCCGUUAAAGGGCCGGAGGUUCUGAUACCGGAGGCCAGGUCCUUUGUGUGCAGAAGUUUUAACCCAUUCAUCCUAGAGUCCUGUAUAAGCUAUUACUACAACUGGAAAGUUUCAUGGAUGAUUGUUUUCUGGAAUUUCUGUUCUAUCCGGACCAACUUUACAACCCUCUCCCAGCACAGUCUUGACCCUUGAUCAGAAUGUGACGUUUCUUGAAAUCGGUGACCUGCGGCUUCUUCUGUACAUGCAUUGACUGUCAAUCACAGCUUAUCAGCCAAGUGUUCCUUCUAAUGUACCUAUGACCUGGCUGACUGUCCUCUGUGUGAUGGAGUGGACAAAGUUUAAUUACUUCACUACAGGUUGUAGAUCCAAAGUGUUCUCCGCUGGAUAUGUGCAAAGGCAAUAUGGAGCUCUGCCUCUAAUACCAUAGGACAAACGCACUGAAAACCUCAUCAGAAGAUCCCCUAAAGUCAUUAUCUUGCAUGUUAUUGGGCAUUAAAGGGGUUUUCCAACUUCAAUGUGUUUUUUUUUAAUUUUUUUUUAUUAAUACUCCCUCCACCCAAACCAGCGGGACCUGGCAAGGUAAGCAUACUUCCUGCUCCCUGACGAUCUGGCUCAGUGAGUACCCCGCUGACUUCACUGUGCUUUGGUGCCCACAUGUACACCUCCAGCAGGGACGGGGCUAGCCAAUCACUGGCCACAGUGUUGACCGUGCCAUGUCACUUGGGGAUUGCUGCUGCCUGGUCAUGUAGUCAUUGGCUGCAGCAGCACAUCAUCUGAUCUCUGACCAUGGGAUGUGCUGUGAAGAUCAGAAGUGAACAUUGGGGAGCAUUACGUAUAUGCUUCUCUUGACAGGUCCUCCUGGAUAAAGG